UGCCACCUGUCAGUGCCCAUCAAUGCCACCUGUCAUUGCCCAUCAAUGCCACCUGCCAGUGCCUAUCAGUGCCACAUCCAUGCCACAUAUCAGUGCCCAGCUGAGCUGCCUUUUAGUGCCACCUACCAGUGCCAGUCAGUGCCACCUAUCAAUGCCAGUCAGUGCCACCUAUCAGUGCUGCCAAUCAGCGCCACCUAUCUGUGCCAGUCAAUGCUGCCUAUCAGUGUGCAUCAGUGCCGCCUAUCAGUGCCCAUCAUCAGUGCCACCUAACAGUGUCAGUCAGUGCUGCCUAUCAGUGCCGGUCAGUUCCGCCUAUUAG